AUGGCGCCUCUGACCCAGGGAUGCGGCGCGGUGUUCAUGAUGCACCACGUGCGCCCGGCGAGAACCGGCGACUUUCAGCCCAAUGCGCAUCUUGAAAUAACGCCCGAAUUCCUUCGCCUGGCUGUCGAGCGCAUCCGUGCCAAUGGCUAUGAGAUCAUUUCUCUGGACGAGGCGGUUGAUCUUCUGAAAUCGGGAUACGGGCAUCAUCGAUACGCGGUGCUGACGUUCGACGACGGUUACCGGGACAAUCUUGAAGUUGCUUAUCCCAUCUUGAAGGAGUUGCAGGCUCCGUUCACGGUUUUCGUGACGACUGGCCUGGUUGAACGGACAACAGAACUCUGGUGGCUCGCACUUGAGGAGAUUAUUGCGGAAAACGAAGAAGUCGUGUUCACGCAGGCCGGCGAACAAAACGGUAUUUCCUGCAGCACCACAGCCGAAAAGAAUACCUGUUUCGAGCGCAUCGUUGACUACCUGACACUGGAAGUCGGCGAACUGGAUCAACGAAAAAUCGUCAGGGCAUUGUCGGAAAAAUACGGUGUUGAUCUGGCUGCGCUGGCAGAUACACAGAUGAUGAACUGGGAUGAAGUGCGCGAGUUGGCAUCCGAUCCACUGGUAACCAUCGGGGCACAUACCCACAGUCAUUACGCCCUGGCGAGACUAGACAGUUCAUCUGCACGUGCCGACGUCACCAAGGGCAUGAAACUUCUGGAGAAGGAACUGGGGCGCCGGCAAAAGCACUUCGCUUAUCCCUAUGGCAAGUCUCAUGCGGUCAGCCUGCGCGAUGCCGACAUUCUUCGUGAUAUCGGCUUUUCUUCAUCGGUUACGACGCUUCCCGGCGUUUUGCAAUCGGUCAACGCUCGAGACCCGAUGAUGCUUCCUCGGGUCUCGCUGAACGGCCGGUUUCAGGAUCCGGCGAUCGUCGAUCAAUAUCUGACUGGCGCGCCUUUUGCGCUCUACCGGGCAGCUCGAUGGGCAGCCUCCGGAUUUGGUGUCAGGUCCGGUUUUUCCCGCUUUUUUCCAUCCACCAGAUAA